AUGAGUAUCUCGGCCACUACCGAGAUCGAGCCAUCAGAAAACUUGUACGGCAAAGUAAAUGUCGUGAUACUUAGGGGAGCAACGGAAAGUGAGAUCAGGAGAGGAAAGUCCUCUGGUAUACCCGAAGGGGAGAAUGUGGAAACUCUCGAAGCAAAUCAGAACGCCCCGAGUGAAGAGCUCGGGGCCAUGACAACAGGUCACUCUCUUUCUUUACCAUCUUAUUCCGAGGAUGCAAUCGAAGAUGCUAACGCUCUGCGUAUGCCCCAUCCGAGCAAGGUCCACGAGGAAGAUCCCUUUCAUGGUUGCAAUGCUGGGAUUGAAGAUACCACCGACCUUAACGAUGCUUCCACCAUCUUUGAAGAGGCUCAACGUCUCCUUUCUCAGACCUGCAGUGCAGUGGUGGCAAAAUCGAUGGCUCAAAAGAUGUCUGAUCCAGGUAGCUUCACUAUUCCAUGCAUAAUUGGAAGUUGUGCCUUUGCAAAGGCGUUUUGUGAUUUGGGAGCCAGCAUAAAUCUGAUGCCGCUGGCAGUGUACACUAAACUGGGCAUCGGCAGAGCUAGACCAACUUCUAUGCUGCUACAGCUGGCUGAUCGCACUGUGAAAAGACCAACUG